AUGGGACAUGAUAACGGAGAUGCCAUUACAACAUGUGCAAAGACAUUUGAGAAAGUCAAGCAGGGGCAGCUUGAUACUAUUGCGUUGCAAUACAUAAACGAGCAGGAGCACGGGAAGGUAAUUGUUGUACUUGGGGAGAAAGCUAGAGUGGAGCAGUUUGCUCUGAAUCUGGAUAUUGAUUGCAUCUGGGUCCAUAGCGACUUCGAAGCCAAGGAAAAAGUGAAGAGGAUACAGAACUUAAAAAACCAGGAUAUCAAGGUGCUAGUGGGAACAAAGCUGGUUUGCGAGGGCAUUGACAUAGCCGAGGUGCGACUGGUGCUUCUUGUGGGGUACGUGCCGCCAGUGUCGACAUACAUCCAGAUGGCAGGACGUUUGAGAAAGGCGGGGAGGUGCGUGACACUCUGGAACAAACGGUCGUUACACAAAGAUUCCAUGCGUGUGCGGAACUACGCCAAGGCGAUACGCGAAUUCUACGGGUUAGAGGAGGAAGCUGGUGAGGAGAUCGGAGGUGGGGAGACCGCAGGUGAGGAGAUCGGAGGUGAGCCGAGUCUUGAUGAUGACGAAACUACAGGUGUAAUGGGUCUUGGUGAUGACGAAACUUCAGGUGGGAUAGGUUCUCGUGAUCAAGAAACUACCGGUGGUCUUGGCAUUGCUGAUGUACAGCCUGACAAUAGACCGCUAAGAGAUACAUACGACAACACAAGUCAAAUAAUGAGCUGUGAAGAUCCGACAACAGGUACAGCGGAUAAUGUUCGUGAGAACAUUUCUUCUCUUGUAUAUCAAGAAACUCUCUCCUCUGCUAGUCCUUCCGCCUCUACCGAUCCCAUCUCGACCAGCGAAACUCUUCUCUCGCCUGCCCCCUUCGCGAGCACUCCAGAAUCCCC